AUGCACGCUUUCAUUUUCUUCCUUUCAGCUCCAGUUGCUGUACUUGGCGCCGCCACUUUGAGUGCUGGCAAGGCGAUGACCGGCCAGCUGUGCUGCACCAGCAGUGCAGUUCCAGACAUGAGUAAAACAUGCGACUCACUGAAGUUGAACACUUAUGCGUGUGAAUCUAUUUGGGGCAAUGCGCAAAAGGCCAAGGACGGCGAUCCCGACAAGAAGAAUGGCUGCGAUAACGGUAUUUUGCAAGGACAGUUUCCCACCGGACGCUACGUCAAAGCGUUCGUUCCGUACUCUACAGACAAGUAUCCUCUUGGGCCAGCUGCUUCUGGAGAUUAUCUUCUUGGAUUUCUCGGUUGUGCAGAAUAA